AUGGCUUCGUCCGCAGAGCCGCAGCAACCGCCCGUGAGGCCGUCGUUGCAUGUCCAGAUGCCGUCGUACUCCGACCCGAGCCCCGAGACCGACGACGUGACCAAAUCCAAAGUUGACCCCGACCAUCUAGCCCCUGAUGCCGCGCCUCUAAGCCCGGAAGAUUCGAGGGAGGCCGCGAACAGGUUACACGAUGACCUGGAACUCCUCCGCGCCGAGCGCGUUGUGUCAACACAGGAGCGCGACUCAAACCGGCCCAGGUCGAGGACCAGAAGCCAUCGAGAAGGGGUCGAGGACGCCUUCAACACAACCACUGCCCCGACAGUCGUUGCCGCCCCCGUGCCCGUGAAGACGACAACGUGGCUCACCAAGCUCUGGCUAUGGCUCAAAAAGUUCCCUCGCAUCCUACGCUACAUCCUUUAUGCCAUCCCUCCGGGUGUCAUCAUCCUCGUCCCGGUGUUCCUCGACCUGUUCGCUUAUGACCGCAAAGGUGAUCCGGUCGGGGGGCCCGGUGGCGUCCAGCUCCUGUGGUUCGGCAUCUGGCUCGAGGUAAUCUGGCUCACCCUCUGGGCUGCUCGCAUCGUCACCUCCGUCCUACCCCCUAUUGUCGCCUUCGCUGCCGACACCGUCGGAUCGACGAACCAUAAGAAGUGGAGGGAUAUCGGGCGCCAGCUCGAAUUCCCCACGGCCUUGUUUUUGUGGCUGUUGGCCAUCUUGGUGUCAUACCGUCCCAUCCUAAACCAUCGUGUUGUCGACCCCGAAGACGACAAUAAGCUACCCUACGUCACCUGGAUCGACGUCGUCUUCAAGGUUAUCAUCGCCCUGUUUGUCCUCGCCACGCUGAACCUGGUGGAGAAGGUCCUGAUUAAAUGGAUCGCGACCUCCUUCCACCUGCGCACGUAUUCGCACCGCAUCCGCGAGAACCAGAUGCACAUCGAGUACCUCGUCACCCUAUACGGGUACGCCAAAACCCGCCUCGAGGCACAGGAUCCGGUUUGGGACUCUCCAUCUAGCAGACGGGGUUCGGGCCAGUAUCCAUCGCCGUUCAAAAACAUCCAGAGCAACGCCCGCCAGGUCUUGAGCAAGGUCGGGAACGCAGCCAACCGCAUGGCCGGCGACUUUACGGGCCGCAAGUUUCUCAAGGGCAACCACCCCCGCAAGGUCGUGCUGGAGCUUCUCCGGAACUCCGAGUCGAGCUAUACGCUCGCCCGCGUCUUCUACCGGACCUUUGUUCAGCCGGACAAGUCGACCGUGGCGGUUGAGGAUCUGUUCCCGGCGUUCCCAGCCCAGGAGGACGCCGAGGCGUGCUUUGGCGUCUUCGACAAGGAUCUGAACGGCGACAUCUCCAUGGAGGAGCUCGAGAUGGUAUGCAAUGAGAUUCACUUGGAGAAGAAGGCCAUCGCGGCCUCGCUCAAGGACUUGGAUUCUGUCAUCAAGAAGCUGGACGAGGUCUUCAUGUUCCUCAUCGUGGUCAUCGUCAUCAUUGUCUUCAUCAGCAUCAUCUCAAACUCGGCAGCUGCCGCGCUGACUUCGACGGGUACCGUGAUCCUCGGUCUGUCGUGGUUGCUGCAGGCCACGGCCCAAGAGUUCCUUCAGUCCAUCAUCUUCGUCUUCGUCAAGCAUCCCUUUGAUGUGGGCGACCGGGUCACCAUCUACGGCAACACAGGCUCCAUGAUGAAGGGCGACGACUACUACGUCCUCGAGGUCUCACUCCUGUACACCGAGUUUAAAAAGAUGGAAGGCCACGUGGUGCAGGCUCCCAACUCUGUGUUGAACACACUCUUCAUUCUCAACCAGAGGCGCAGUCAGGGUCUGGCCGACCCCAUCAACUUGAAGCUCCGCUUCGGCACAUCCGAGGCACAGAUCGAGGAGCUCAAGGCCCGGAUGCUGGAUUUCUGCCUCCAGAACAAGCGAGACUACGCGCCGCGCAUCAUCUCGGAAGUCCAGACCAUCGACGAAGUUAGCAGCAUCACCAUGAACAUCAUUUUCUUCCACAAGAGCAACUACCAGAACGAGCUGCUCCGCCUGAACAGGCACAACAAGUUCGCCGUCGAGCUCAUGCACCAGAUGCACGACAUGGGUCUCGAGACGCCGCAUCUCGUCCAGCCCGGUGGCAUGCGGCACAUGCCGCUGUACUGGUCCCAGGUUCAGCCGCCUCCCGGCUAUCAGGCCGCCACCGCCCAAGAACCCCCCCCGCCGCCUUCUAGCCCGGGCAUGGGCAUGCGGAGGAGAGGAAACAGUAGGGCUGCGGUUGUGGACGCAGGCAUGGACUUCCAGGAUAUCUACCACAACAGGCGGAGGGACAAUAGCAUCACCCGGCUGCCUUCGAUUAGACAGUCACCGAGAGAGGAGGACGAGAUGGUUCGGCCCAGCGGGGACGAGCAGUAUAACGAGAAGUCGGGCAAGAGGCAGAGCCUGGAUAGCUCAUCGUCUCGGAAGGCAUGGAGGCCUAGGAGCCGGUCCACAAAUAGGGGUUCGAUGAGCAAUGUGGUGUGA